AUGUGGAUUUUUGAUUGGUUUCAAGAUAUAUUAGCCUCGCUUGGUUUAUGGAACAAGCAUGCCAAAUUGUUGUUUCUUGGUUUGGACAAUGCGGGAAAGACUACACUUUUGCACAUGUUGAAGAAUGAUAGAUUAGCCACUUUGCAACCGACCUUGCACCCUACCUCUGAGGAAUUGGCUAUUGGUUCUGUGAGGUUUACAACUUUUGAUCUUGGUGGACAUCAACAGGCCAGAAGAUUAUGGAAGGACUAUUUCCCUGAGGUGAAUGGGAUUGUUUUCUUAGUUGAUGCGGCUGACUCUGAGAGGUUUGCUGAGUCCAAGGCUGAGUUGGAGUCGUUGUUUAAGAUUGAAGAGUUGAGUCAAGUUCCAUUUGUUAUUUUGGGUAACAAGAUUGAUGUGCCCACUGCAGUUGGUGAGAUGGAGUUGAAGAAUGCUUUGGGAUUGUACAAUACUACUGGAAAGGAUACAGGUAAGUUGCCAGAGGGCCAAAGACCUAUUGAGGUGUUUAUGGUCUCGGUGGUGAUGAGGUCUGGAUACGGAGAUGCAUUCAAAUGGUUGUCACAAUACAUUUAA